AUGCAGUUGGUCGGACCAGCUAUUGGAGGCUGGACCUACAACAUUGUGCCGAGCUUUCCUGCUGUGAUCCCAAGCAUGAUUGGCUGCAUUUUGGCCGUGGCUCUCUUCGCCUUCUUCCUAAGAAUCAGGCAUGACAUCCGAAGUCCGCAGAAGGCGGCUGAGCCCGGGAUGGAUGCCCAACCAGGAACCCCUUCGAAACCCUCCGCCUCCGCACACAAAUCUGUUGGAUCCCUUCUACGUACCUGGCCGGUACCUGUAGUCAUCUUCAUGCGGCUUUGGAAUGGUUUUGCCACUUUCUCCAUCUUCGAAGCAGCGCCCUUGUGGCUCGUUUCUGACCGAAAUGUCGGUGGCCUUGGCAUGACUGAGAAGGAGGUUGGAUCGUUACUCUCCCGGUCCGGGCUUUGGAAUUUAUUUUACUUUUCCUUUCUCAUGCCCCGUUUCGCCAAAGCUUUGGGUGAACGUUGGGUCUCGGCCAUUUUCUGUGUGGUUGGCGCCGCAGCGGCGACGAUCUUGCCCUUCUGCACCUCACCUCUUAUGGCCAACGUUGUCCACAUGCUGGCAGCCUCAGCGACGAUGUCGCAGGCUGCCAUGAAUAUAGCGUUCACCAACAACGCAGCUGGUCAGGAAGGCCGCGCCGUGGUGACGGGCGUUGCGGUGACUGUCGAGACCAUCGGCAAGGCUCUUGGGCCCAUCGUCACCUCCACGAUGUUUGCUUGGUGUGUUCGGACGUGGGGUCUGCAAGGCCAUGGCGCAGUAUUCUUCGUCUUGGCAUGCCUUUCUGUGGUGCAGCUGAUCUGCACUACAUUUUUGCCAGCGUACGUGGAGUCCCACUCUUUGCGGCGUCGGGGGCACGAGCCCAUUGCUGCGGAAGAGCCACAGAAGGAAGUUCCAGCCACUGUCCUGGGACUGGAGGAGACGACUCCAGUGAUGCAUCGUGCACACAGCGGCUGA